CCCUUCCGGCAGCGGGCGGCGGCCAUGGCGGCGAUGCGGCUGGAGCUGAACUUGAUGCGGCUGCUGAGCCGCUGCGAGGCGCUGGCCGCCGAGCGGCGGGACGCCGAGGAAUGGCGGCUGGAGAAGUACGUGGCAGCCCUGGAGGACAUGCUGCGYGAGCUGAAGAAGCAGGCCAGCAAGCCUGCCCCAGAGCUGUUGAAUGAAUACUCCCGCAAAGUAGAUUUUCUAAAGGGACUUUUAGAAGCCGAAAAAUUGUCAUCAUCAACUGAAAAGGCUUUGGCUAAUCAGUUCUUGGCCCCUGGACGCACCCCGACGACCAUCAAAGAGAGAACCCCAGCCACCAAAACAGUUCAUCUGCAGACAAAGGCUCGUUGCACAGACAGGAUGAGGAGUGAACUGCUUGGUACGGAUCCCUUGGCUAUCAAUGAUUCUGAAGAGUUGAGCGUGAGGAAGCGGAAAGGCCUUGCACCUGAUGAGAAGCAGUCUGCAGCAGAGCUCGAUGCUGUGUUGCAACGCCAUCAGGAUAUGCAGGAGAAGUUAGCUGAAGAAAUGCUAAGCUUGGCUCGCAGUCUGAAAAACAACACUCUGGCUGCCCAAAAUGUGAUAAAGCAAGAUAACCAGACUUUAUCACAUUCCCUCAGAAUGGCAGACCAGAACUUUGAGAAGCUCAAGGACGAAUCUGACCGCCUUGAACAGCACGCCAAGAAAUCGGUCAACUGGCUCCUUUGGAUAAUGUUAAUUGUAGUUUGUUUUAUAUUCAUCAGUAUGAUCCUCUUUAUUAGAAUUUUCCCUAAACUGAAAUAACUUUUUAGAACUGCUGGAAGUGACGGCUGGAAAGUUCUCUUGAUAUGAUAUCUGCCACCUUGCAAUGAUUAUUGAAAAUCUGCCACCUAUCAUGUCCCAAAAGAAGUUGUCCAAGGCCUCUUUGCAGCUCUUUCUUGUGCCAUCACUGGAUUCAGUGCACAAUUUCAGCAGGAAGAUUUGCUGGGCUUAAAUAUGUUGUUAUUUCUUUUACUUAGUCAAUAUUGUUGCCUGUUUCUUGAGAACUGAGGUGGGAUAAAGACAAAUUACACUAAGCUCCAAAAAAGUUCUUUAGAUAGAUGUAACCUUUUGUUUUUAAUGCAGUUGUGUCGCACUAUGACUCCUCUAAGAGAAGUUUACUGAAUACAAAUUUGAAUAAAUUAGCUGGAGUUACAUAGUUUUGCCUGUGUUUUCAGCUCUCMUCUACUGAACCAGGACCAUGCCACAAACGGGACACUUGCAUACAAAGGUUAUGCCUAUAUAUUGCUAUAGGGCGUAGGAGGAGAAGGAGGAGGAUGCCUUUAGGUUCCUAGCCUAGCAGAGAUUGAGAAAGGAGAAACAGGUAAAAUUCAUUUCAGGCUUGUCUUCCUCCCAGAUGAGUAUUUUUUCCCUGUCAUCUUAUUCAGUUUAGUUACUGUAGAAGGUCUGAAGCUGCCCGAAGUGUUUGCUUCCCAUUUUGUGUGCACAAAUGUUACUGGUGAGUCACUGGUACGUAUUGAUGCUGCUGUAUCAGGAAUAGGCUGUGACCCUUGCACUGUGGAGCUGUAUGCAGAGCAUUCUCCGUAUGGUACAGACCUCAGCUGUGUGGGGAGUGUGUCAGUGCAGAAUGAGGGUGGAGGAAGCAAGUAUCUUCAAGAUGUAAUAAACUGAUAUUGUUUUUGAGGCAAAAUGCUCUGGUCAAUAGCGGUCCUGUCAGACUAUUCAUAAGAGAUCACUACUGUAAAGUAGAGAUGAAGUGAAUCAAGAUGAAUACUUUAAAACCAGGUUUAUCGUGACUGUGCGAGAGCUAGAAGCAACACGUGGUGUCUUGUGGGCUCUAGCUUCUGGAAGGCAUCACUCGGUGUUAGUAUUUAAAUGCAGACAGUGUUUCACAUACUAAGAAAUGAGAAGUAAAAGACAAUUCCAAGUGUUCUGUGGCAUUUCCAUUGCAGGCUUGAACCACUAGAUGGGGUAUUUGAAACCUUCCAGAGCCCGCUUGGACUGAAAAGCAGGMAAAGCUCCAUGUGUCACUGCAGUGCAGGUUCUGUGACUAGUUUGACACAAAGGGAGCAUUUCAGAAUUACCCUUUGUUCUUUACAAAAGCAUGUAAAAUAGACAUUAAUGGUUUUACACAAGUGUUUUUUUGUUAUUAUUUAACUGGUUAUAUACUCAGUAUGAGUAUAUGAGUAUAAAUGCAGGUGUUUAUGCAUUAUCAGAUGACUGAUCAUGCUGUGAAUUACAGCUUUUUGCUGCUGCUUGAAGCUUUGGCUACUUCUCCCAGAAAUUUCUCUUGAAUUGUAACAUCUGACUUUUUACAGUGUUUCAUUGGUGAAUACUGGGUACAAUGUUAUUUUC